UUUCAAGACUGCGGUGCCAGAACCCUUCUCCUUCAACAAUGCCGCAGUGCCAUUGGCCACGCAACAUCACUGGCACGAUCACGUCUGAAUGCCUUCAAGGUCGCAUUUGUCAGUCAGUGAAACCAACUAAGUACUGGCUAGAGCAAAUAGUGAUGUCUCUGGAUUGUUGCUCACAGCACCAAACGCCAGAGCAAUUAGAGCACCGGAAUUAGCAAACUAACAGAGACAAUGGAGGAAUCUCUACACCUGCGGGGGCUGGCGGGCUAUGGGAACGAAACAAUGUAUCCCACGGCCAGUCCAACGGAACAGGAAUCAUUCUUGAAGUACGAGUGGUGGCAAUACUUUAUCAUACCGUGGGUAGCAGGCAUUGUUGGAUAUGUUACCAAUGUUCUAUCCCUUGAAAUGAUGUUUUAUCCGGUUGAGUUCUUUGGUAUUGAGAUCCUUCGAAUUCCCACAGAGCCUUGGGGUCUGAUCGGAUGGCAAGGGGUUGUGCCCACCAAGGCCAAGAAGAUGGCAUCAGUAUGCUUUGAUCUGAUGACAGAGAAGCUCCUCAAUGUCAAGGAGAUCUUUGGUCGCCUCAAUCCUGACAAAUUCAGCGCAGUCAUGGAGGAUGGAGUGCUCCUGAUGAUGGAUGACAUUAUCAACGACGUAGCAGAGGAGUUCAUGGGAGAUGCAUGGAACAAUCUACCCAAAGAAAUCCGCAAUGAUAUUGUUGUCACAGCAGAAGGGGAUGCCAAUGAAUUCUUGGCCGGCUUCAUGGCUGAUUUGCAAAAUCACUGCGAUGAUGUCAUGGAUUUGAAGGCCAUGUCUAUUCGGGCUGUGACUGAGAACAAGCGCCUGCUGAUCAAAAUGUUUCAAGAAUGCGGCGACAAGGAAUUUACAUUCAUCCGGAAUUCGGGUUUUUACUUUGGUUUUUUGUUUGGGAUUGGACAAAUGUGUCUCUUCUUCUUUUAUGACAAAGCCUGGGUGCUUCCAGCGGCUGGUUUCAUCGUGGGUUGGUUCACUAACUUCGUGGCUCUCAAGAUUAUCUUCAAGCCAAUCGAACCCGUGAACAUCUGUGGGUACCAACUUCAAGGAAUCUUCCUCAAACGACAAAAAGAGGUUUCAGAAAUCUACGCCCGUGUCCUUUGCACAGAAAUUGUGCAUAUCAAGGCCAUGUUUGACGAUAUUUUUGUUGGUCCUCUCUCUGGUAACUUUUAUGCCAUGCUGAGGGCGCACACAUUGGUGUUUACAGACAAAAUGACUGCUGAACUCAAACCACUAGCCAUUGCAGCAAUGGGAGCCGAACAAUUUGCAGCCAUGAAAGAGGCCAUUGCUCAGAAAGUAAUGGAUGAACUGCCAAAUAUCAUCGACCAAUGUUAUGAGUACGCAACAGAAGCAUUGGGAAUUGAGGCGGAGCUUCGGACAAAGAUGAUGGCAUUGUCUUGUGCUGAGUUUGAGGGUGUUUUGCACCCUGCCUUUGAAGAGGAUGAAAUCCUUCUCAUUAUUGUUGGAGCAGUAUUGGGAGCGAUUGUUGGUGUGCUCCAGAUCUUUACAAUCUUUCAACUUUAAUGAUGCCAUGCCGCUAGAGUGGGGUGAAGCUGACAUGGUCUUGAGGGAGAUCCACCAAGGCUCGGAGAGUUAUGCUAUGCAUUGUAUUUAUAAAUAAGUCAGCGGGAGCUGCGAUACCUCGGCAGAAAGACAAAUAGAAGAAAGAGGAUCAUGUUUGAGAUUGCAUCCUUCUUUCAAGGUAGCCCUGGCGACAACACCCGACUUCGUCGUGUGUUGCCGCCCGGUAUCAUUCCCUCAUUAUAACCUUCUUUUUUAUGUAUGCUAGCCCUGGCGACAACACCCGAC